UCAAGAAAACAAUUUUUAAAAUAAGUAUAUACAUAGUGAAAUAAGUCAUUUAUUAUCAUGAUCGUUUAAUAAAUUGUGUUUAUUUGUAAAAUGACCAGCUUCUCCUCUUAGCCUCAGCACUGCUCUAAACAGGAAGAACCUUGCUGAGAAAAAGAAAGUGAAAGCAGAUUAUGUUUUACAUGCGACGUUUACACUUGAUCAGUCAGUGUUGAAGAUCAAACUGUUCAGAUCCAUCAUGAAUGAAACACAAACAUCUGGAGAUGAAGAGUAUUCUCCAGCCUGCAGCUCAGUUCAUCAGAAGAGAUCAGAAGCAGAGCCCAGCUGUGUGUCUAUGAAGAGUGACUGGUCUAUGGAUCGGCCAAUAGAGUUUAAGAGUGAAGAUUCACAGCCUGGACUCAGUUCAGUUCAUCAGAAGAGAUCAGAAGAAGAGUCCAGCUGUGUGUCUAUGAAGAGAGAGACAUCUGUGAUUCAGUCUUUAGAUUUUAAGAGAAGAGUCCUCGACACACUUAGAUCAAAUCUGCUGAAGAAGUUUGAGUGUCUGUGAGGAACAGCGACGCAGAGAAACCCAACACUGCUGAAUGAGAUCUACACAGAGCUCUACAUCACAGAGAGUGAGAGAGGAGAGAUCAAUAAUGAGCAUGAGGUGAGACAGAUUGAGACACAAUCCAGGAGAGAAGCAACAGAGGACACAGCCAUCAAAUGCAGUGACAUCUUCAGACCUUUACCUGGACAAGACAAAGACAUCAGAACUGUGCUGACAAAGGGAGUCGCUGGCAUUGGAAAAACAGUCUCUGUGCAGAAGUUCAUCCUGGACUGGGCCAAGAAAGAGAAUCAGGACGUCCAGCUCAUAUUUCCACUUCCUUUCAGAGAAAUCAACUUGAUGAAGGACAAAACACUCAGUCUUUCAGAUCUUCUUCACGACUUUUUCCCUGAAACUAAAGAAAUGGAAAUAUCCAGCAAUGAAUAUAAAGUGUUGUUCAUCUUUGAUGGUCUGGACGAGUGUCGUCUGUCUCUGGACUUUAAGAGUAAAGUGAAUCUGUGUAAUAUAUCUGAGUCAGCCUCAGUGGAUGUGCUGCUGAUGAACCUGAUUGUGGGGAAUCUGCUUCCCUCUGCUCUCAUCUGGAUCACCUCCAGACCAGCAGCAGCUGAUCUCGUCCCCUCUGAGUGCGUCCAUCGAGUGACAGAGGUACGAGGCUUCAAUGAGCCCCAGAAGGAGGAAUACUUCAGGAAGAGGAUCAGUGAUCAGAGUCUGGCCGACAGGAUCAUCUCACACCUGAAGUCCUCCAGGAGCCUCUUCAUCAUGUGUCACAUCCCAGUCUUCUGCUGGAUCUCAGCCACUGUUCUUGAGAAGAUCUUGAGUCGAGCAGAGACUGGAGAGAUUCCCAAGACUCUCACUCAAAUGUACACACACUUCCUGAUCCUUCAGACCAACAUCAAACAUGAGAAGGACUAUAAGAAGAAGGUGACUGAUAAAGACAUGAUCCUCAAACUGGGGAAACUGGCUUUCCAGCAGCUUGUGAAAGGAAACCUGAUCUUCUAUGAUGAAGACCUGAGAGAGUGUGGCAUUGAUGAGACAGAAGCAUCAGUUUAUUCAGGACUGUGCACUCAGAUCUUCAGAGAGGAGCUGGGCUUGUUUCAGGGGAAAGUCUUCUGCUUCGUUCACCUGAGCCUUCAGGAACAUCUAGCAGCUCUAUAUGCGCAUCUCUCUUUUACAAACAAGAAGAGAAAUGUUUUCAACCAAACCAAACACAGUCUAUUGUCCAAGAUAUUUUACCAGAAUAAAUAUAAUUCAUUAUCUGAGCUGCAUCAGAGAGCUGUGAACGAGACUCUAAAGAGUAAGAAUGGACAUCUAGACCUUUUCUUGCGGUUUCUUCUGGGUCUCUCAGUGGAGUCCAAUCAGACUCUCUUAAGAAAACUACUGACACAGACAGGAAGCUGCUCCUACAACAAAGAGGAAACAGUUCAGUUCAUCAAAAGGAAGAUCAGUGAGAAUCACUCUUCAGAGAAAUCCAUCAAUCUGUUUCACUGUCUGAUUGAACUGGGUGAUGAUUCACUGAUGCAGGAGAUCCAGGGUUAUCUGAAAUCUGGAGGAAUAAGAGAAGUCAAACUCUCCUCUUCUCAGUGGUCAGCUCUGGUUUAUGUGUUGCUGACAUCAGAGCAGAAGAUGGAUGUUUUUGAUCUAAAACAGUUUAUUGGAGAACAACAUACAGGAGAUGAAGUUCUUCAGUAUCUGUUACCUGUGGUUAAAGAAUCCAGAUCAGUUCGGCUAUGUGGAUGCAAUCUCACUGCUCAGUCUUGUGAAAGUUUGUCUUCAGUUUUACAAUCCUCAAACUCAAACAUCCUGAGAGAGCUGGAUCUGAGUAACAAUGACCUGCAGGAUUCUGGAGUGAAGCUGCUCUCUGAAGGACUGAAGAGUCCAAAC